AGAGCAUAUAAUCACUACGUUCUAUUAUUUAAUUUUAUUUAAUUCUUGUAUUGAAUGUAAUCAAAAAUCAAGAUUAUUAAGAAAAAAACUAUUAUACUAUAGGAUUUUUGAGGUUAAGAUCAAAUGUCAGUGUCAGAAUGACAGCAGCUAAAACGUUUGAGUUAUAUAUUAAAACGCCCCCGUUUUUACUCACUCUCAUUCGGAUAGCACAUGGUAUAAAAUCAGGUGAGCCAACAUAAUAAAUUAAUGCCGCUUUUAACACAAUCAAAUGAUUUAUUAAAAAUAAUUAAUUCAUAUUUAUGCGUAAAUAAAUAUAAAUGCAUCAAAUUAUUUAAAACAACAAUUAUCUCCGUGCUAUUUUCUUGACUAUGACUUCUUGAAGUUGCAGUGUUGCACAACACUAGCUAUCUAUGAUGGCCGUCGAUUGGCUGUCGGACGAGUGUAGGGCUUUUAUGUAAAUAAAUUUUGUGGAUAGCAGUUUACUCGAUGUUAGUUUAAUAUUAAGUAAUAAUUCUUAAGCAUGGGAUCACGGGGCUGACAGUGAUAUAAUUGAAAGCAGUCCCCGGCUUCGACUGAUCUCGCCCGCAGCGCUCCUCGGCCGGUGAAACAUGGCGCAGGUGGGCGCCAACAUGGAAUACCAGGAGUACAAGUGGGCCUACUCAAUCAUGGACUCCUCCAAAGUGUCAGCGUGCCUGAUCUCAAUGCUGCUGAUUGUCUACGGCAGCUUCCGCUCGCUGAACAUGGAGAGGGAGGCGAGGGAGCGCGCGGAGCGCGAGCGGGAAGCGUCGCUUCUAGGAGGCACCAAACCCCCGCCCAGCCAGGCUAACAGUAACGUACAGACCCUCAACACGAUGCAAGCGCUGUGCUUCCCCCUGGGCUCGUCUGUGGCGCUGCUCGUCAUGUUCUUCUUUUUUGAUUCCAUGCAGACGCUGGUCGCCAUCUGCACUGCCAUAAUCGCGUGCGCAGCGUUAGCGUUCCUCCUGACGCCACUAUGUCAAUACGUGGCCGGCGGCACGGGCUCCCGCGCCGUCUGCGGCCGCUACUCCGCGCCCGAGCUGGCCGCAGCCUUACUCGCCGCCGGCAUCGUGGCCGUCUGGGUGCUGACCGGCCACUGGCUGCUCAUGGACGCUAUGGGCAUGGGUCUGUGCGUGACCUUCAUCGCUUUAAUCCGCCUCCCGUCGCUGAAGGUGUCAACCUUACUCCUCACGGGGCUGCUACUCUACGAUGUGUUCUGGGUGUUCUUCAGCUCUUACAUCUUCACCACCAACGUCAUGGUCAAGGUCGCCACUAGGCCGGCGGAGAACCCCAUGAACGUGGUGGCGCGGCGCCUGCAGCUGGGCGGCGCCAUGCGCGACGCGCCCAAGCUGUCGCUGCCCGCCAAGCUCGUGUUCCCCUCCAUGCACCACCAGGGACACUUCUCCAUGCUCGGGCUGGGCGACAUCGUGAUGCCGGGGCUGCUGCUGUGCUUCGUGCUGCGCUACGACGCGUACAAGAAGGCGACGCUCGUGUGCCAGAUGGGGCAGGUGCCGGGCCCACGCUCCAUGGGCUCCCGGCUGACGUACUUCCACUGCUCGCUGCUGGGCUACUUCCUGGGGCUGCUGACGGCCACGGUGUCGGCCGAGGUGUUCAAGGCCGCGCAGCCCGCGCUGCUGUACCUCGUGCCCUUCACGCUGCUGCCGCUGCUCACCAUGGCCUACGUGAAGGGCGACCUCCGAAGGAUGUGGAGCGAGCCGUUCAUCGCGCCCGCCGGCAAGGGCGGCGCCGACUUCGACGUGUGACUGCCUCGCCCCGCGCCGCCGCGCCGCCGCUCCCCGCAGCUGGAGCCUCCCGUGCAUGACCGACUCUCGCUUAACUGUAUGCUAUCGCGUGCAGGUGUACUGACUGGCUUCUCCUAUACGUUUGCACUCGAGUGACCACUCAGUUCGUACCGAUCCGUAAGUGUAAGGCCUGAAUGGACACUCGAAGCGGCGCGUUCAGUGUGGCGUCGGGCUCACUAGUGAUUUGAGCAGCGUGCUCGGGCGCUUCUAUACGUUUGCAUUUGUUGAACAUGCACGCCGCACGGCCAGUUCGAGCGUCCACUCAGGCCUUACACUUAUGGAUCUAGCAUCCGGUGGCUCGGUCUCCGUUCGAACGUUAUAUUUUAGUCACCCUGUAUUUUUACUACGACCGUAAUACUUGUUUUCUAAUUAGAAUGGUGGUAUUUCGUGCUCGCUGUGAUACUACGACGUAAUCGGCAUUUUAAUAGCGCGAGUUGGCUUCUAGAAUCUUGAGCAUAGCGAGGGAUUUAAGCGACACCACCUUUGAUUAAAGUUAUAAUAAAUACUGUAAAAACACUUGUAAAAAUGUACUGUUAAAGCGAGAACCAAGUUUCAUGGUAGCUGACUUGCCAAUGGGAAGGUAACCUAAAAUAUUAUCUAAUUAUAAUUAGUUUAUGGUUUAUGCAAGAUUUGCUCUGUUUAAGUUCAUCUAGUGUUCUUACUUGAGUGGACAAGCCGCAGUUGAGCAGCUCUCUUAUUUUAUAGGCUUUUGAUCAAUAAAGGAUACUAAUUGUACUUGUGUAUAGCUCGUGUUGCGAGGUAUAGAAUCAGACGGACAAAUGUCAUAUUACAAUGACUAUUAGUAUUAUUAUUUCUAAACCACAAUAAAAAUAUUAUGAUACAGUUCUAGAUGAAAUAUAUGAGAGAUAGCUAAUAUUUUAUUUUUAAAUGUUAAGAAGGCAUAAAUAAUUUUAGCGAUAACCAAGCAAAAAUCAUUCCACCACAUUUUUUAUGUAUUUCUAUUCGUACCAAAACUAGAUAAUCAUAAUUUCUGUCUCACUAGUAUACUAAUGUGAAAGAGACAGAUGUUCUACAGUUGACCAAAAGCCUUGAAAAUGAUAGGUUACUCCCCUCUCGCCACGCGAGCUGUACCGCUCGGCUGUAUGAAGUGAAUUGACGCGUUACCCAUUCAGGGCCCGUGACUCAGCGUAUGGGUCAUGUUCAAACAGUCGCGCAGGGCCCGUGACUCACAUGUGAGUCGUGAAUAAAUUCUGAUUUAAACAUAAACAAAACGUAAUAUGACGAAAUAAUAUAAGUAUAAUUUGAGCUAACAACCAUCUUUAUAAGGCAUGUUGAAAAACAUAAUUGUAAACAUGUUUUUUUUUAGUGAAACAGGGUCUAGAAUAUUCAAGUUUGGUUUACUGGAAGUGUAAUAUAGUAAAUAUUCUGAAAUUCGAGAUACAUACGUGUCCCAAGCAAUUGGAUAAAUCUAUAUUUCAAAAAUAUCAAAAAUAUAUUUAUGCCUGAAGUUAUUGACAUGACUCAAGGUAUGGGUCACCGUGGCCUGGCGCUAAUUGUAAAAACUACACAUAUCUUCAUAGCACGCAAAAAUAAACUUUAUAACUUGGUUUUAAAGCUUAUUUCAUGACGAAACUCGUUGCAAAUUGUACCUUUUUACAAUGGAUUACUGUUUGGAUGGUAGCAAGCAACAUUUCUAAGGACCAAACUUAUUACCAUGCCAAUUUUUUUUGUUUCAUUAUAAAAACAGGGCAGCUUAAACAGUCGCCAACUAAAUGGUAUAUUGUAUUAUCGCAAUAGUGUGUGAGAAAUAUUUAAAAGAAAAGAUUUUUUUCUAAACAUUUUCGUGGUAAUAAGUACUAUAAUACAUUUUAAGUGCUCUAUUGUUUAUAUUAUAAUGACGUUUACCAAAACAAAGUUCAUGACCGGCCACAUGUAAGAUUAUCGGAGACACUUGGACAAUAAACAAUGGAUGCACCUGGGCGGCGGCGGAUUUAGCGGCGGUAUUAUCUUUAACGUGGUAUUUUUGACAUAAACUCAAGAAAUGAUUCACCCCAUCCCCUCUAUUAGGAUGUAUUUUAGAGUAACAUGGGAAAUUAUAUUUAGUAGAUUUAUUCGUUGGCGACUUUAUGCUCCUCUCUGUGCUCUUCAGUGAUUUCGUAUUUUGUGAUUUUUGUGACCUUGGCUAUGGAUACCCGGAAUUUGAACCCUCCUGACCUCCUGACAAAUUGUGCUAUGAACUGGACUCCGAACCUGCUUCACCCGAACGACCAGGCUUCGAAUACUGGAACCCUGAACUCGCCUCUGUUGAAUGAUAUGCAUCCUGAUUUAACAGCAAUGAUGCAAGAAAUAAACAACAAUGAAAUGGGUGUGGAUGUGAUUGAACCUGCCGGUAAGAUAAUUUUUUUCGGAUUACAAUCCAAAUUCAAUUAGAUAAACAGGUUUCUUUAUUUUUAAUUCUUGCGAUUAUUGAUUAAUUAAAAUGUAUUUAUUCGUAGUAUUUAUAAUCACGAGAGAUAAACGAAAAGAAAAAAUAUAAUGCAGAAUUUAUUAGAACUUUUUUUUUUCAUAUUUUUCUGAACCCUAUAAUUAUAUGAAAAUAACAGCGCCCUCUUGACAAUGAUCAUCUAUUUCUGAUCAGGCUUUAAAAUGUUCAUUCUUAGUUUCUUACAAAUAUCAACAAAUUAGUAAAUAUAUAUAUAUAUAUAUAUAUAUAUAUUUUAAUAUGAACAGUAAACAGUUGGUUAGUAAAAAUGUUGCAUAAUAUUGUCCAACGGACCGGAUUCAUAAGCGGCAAUUUCUUUGACGUUCGCGCCAGGCCCCGAGACCCAUAAGCUGAGUCACACGUUUUAGCUGAAAACGGUUUGUAUGGUGGCCCGGCGUGUUGUGUACGCUUCGUGGUUCGUGGCCAUGAAUGGGUUAACGUAAAGACAUAUUAUAAGGUAUAUGUUAGGCUAGAUGAUACGCUUUUUUUUCUAAUUAAUAAUUAUUUUUAGUCGAACGGAAGUUACAGCACAGGGUAACUCUUAACACCUCUUGUAAAGUAUGCUAAGGAACAAGCCAGUGCGUUUUAUUCGUUAUUAAGUUAAUGCAUUUUUGCAUUUUAUUCUUCACUAAUUAAUCAUUUCAGUGGCAUCUAUAUAUAUAUAAUAUAAGUAUAUAACAUGUGACGCGCAACUUGAGCCGCCUAUUUUGGCAGAUUCAUUGUUAACACUUUGAAUGCCUGAUAUCGUAAACAAACAUCACUCAAACGCCAAGGUCCCGGGCGCAAGGGAGCUAAUGUAAACCUUACUCGAAAGUGUGAAGGUUACUUUGACAGCGUCCGCCAUAACACCUAUAGUUGUCUUUGGCGCUGUGGGCACGACGUAGUAACGACAACUUUAGGUGUUCUUGGCGUUCAAAAGGUCUUAGAUAAACGAGGGUGCCAAUGUUAAUUUCCGAUACAUGUAUGGUGUAUUUGAGCUCGUCGAAAGUAUAUUUAUAUAGAAAAGACUCUGUCGCCUUACUGUCUCAAGAACAAUCAGUUACUUCCCAGUGUAUUUUGUAUUAUAUUCAGAGCCCUUCUAUCAUAUGCGCAACUAUAACUGACAAGUAUAUGCCAACAUUACGCUUAUCGUAAGGAACAAAUAGCAUGUCAUAUUUCAACCUUUUUUUUUUUUCAUUUUCAUUCUCAUUUCAUCUGAACUUAGUGUACAACGAUAUGAUGACAUCACAAUACUCAAGGAGAAUCAUUUUGCAGGGUUUUAUAAUCGCCUUUUGAAAUACUGUAAUGUCACAAACUACUUGCAAUGCAUCUAGUUAUAUUAUUAGGACAACUUUCGUGGGCGAGGGAUGUUUAGAAGCCAAGGGUGCCAAAAUAAUACGAAGAAAAAAACGCCAAAAAACUUGCCCUGGGGGUUGUCAUAUCUACUCAGUUUAAGUAAAAUUAUAAGAUUGCACGUAUAGGCAAAGAUCUCUCUAAGAAUCUCUUAAGCUACUGUGGAUUUGAUAUAUUUUUAUGUGUCACGAAUGUGUUGGUUGGGAUCUUUAAACUAUUGUAUUGUAUGUCAGAGCAUACGGUUUUUUUUGCUAAUGUUUACUUAGUCAUUUUGUAACCGCCAAGUCAUCAUUUUGGUUAUCUUAUCUAUGAUCAAACUAUGUUGUCACUGCCUUAGACUGAUGUUUUCAAUAAAGAUUUAGAAUUUCUAUAUGUUACGGGAGUUAGUUGGAUGUAGGUGUAAGCUAUGUCUAAUGUUGUUAUUAUUCACACAACUGUAUUGUUGUUGUAAAUUAUUUGAUUGAAUUUAAUGAAUGAUGUUAUGUAAGACACUACAUCAUAAGAUUCAUAUUAUGAUAAUGAAUUAUAUACUUGGUAUGUGUGAUUUGAUUUUUGAUGAACUUUUCAUUUAAUUUGAAUAAAUGUUUUAAGUAGUAGUUAUUAUUAAAAAGAUAAUAAUAAGUUUACAAUGUGGAGAUAUACAUUAAACAGUAUUUUUCUGAUUAUGACGAAAAGUGAUAUUAUUUAUUGAGGCUUACAACUAUGUAUGGAAUAUAAAUUUGAAAAGCAUCAAUUUCUCUGUUUGUAUUGUACGAGUAUUAGUGUUUAUGAUAAACUAAAUCUAUCCUAAUAAAUUGUUUCUACGGAAUGUUUAAAGUAACAUGUUUUGUCUAUUUUAAGGGUGAUCAUUACUUAUUUUGGUGCAUUUAAAUUUUAUUGUGUAAAGUAUCAUUCAGAGUUUCCAUUGAUGUACAUACAAACAUAUUAUAAAAGAUUGAUGUUGUAUCAAGUAUCACAUCUUGUCAAAAAUUGCACUACUGAUGUAAAUAUCGCCCAUUAACAUUCAGUAUCCUCAAAAUUGGGAAAAAAACAUUUAGUAUUUUUAUUAUAUGUAUAAGUACUGUGAACUGUGAAAGAAUACUGACAAAAUACCUAAUAAAAAUAUUAGAUGGAAGUAGAAAA